UUAUCAUUUAGAAAACAUACCUCAGAUGAUGAAGAUCCGUAUCGGCACACUUAUCCUCACAAUCGCGGUUUGCCUGCUUUUAUGUGGCCUGAGUUUUGAAUCUUCACCUAAUAGGCAACUAAUUGGCCUAAAUCAUUCUCCUUCAAAGUCUCCUCCCCCUGAACGGGUCAGAUCCAGGUCUCCUCGUGAGAGGUCUAGAUACAGGUCUUCCCUUGUCGAGAACCCUCUUGUCCCGUACCUUCCUGCCAGGAUCAUUGUUCCACCUACCAGACUGCCUUCUAAUGAUGGGAAUGGAUAUGAACUUGCAGAUAUGAAAUUUAUUUGGCUCACUUCCUGUAGUAAUCAGCGCCGAAAAUUCCAAUUCGGAAGAUACACUUUCCCUACCAAGACUUAUGCUAGAAUUAAAAUACCAACUACGACUAAAUUUGCGCCUCCGCCACUUAAUGAACAAAUUGUUAUAUUUACGUCCAAUGGUGAUAUUUAUGCAAUAUUAGAGACUGCUAAUCACUUCGCUGGAUUGUAUGAGCGUUAUAGAGGCAAGAAACCCCGGGCAAAAAUAAACAUGCGAACCGGAAUGGUUAAGUCAUUGACCGCAGCCGAAGCUUAUGAUGUUCCAGUAGGUCGCGUUUGUCUUAUUUCACUAAAUUAUUUGAUAUCCAAAGUUGGAUCAAAAUGAUUAAUGUGAGGCUCACACGAUACAUAUUAAAUAACAGGGCGGAAUAAUUAAAGAUGUUUAAAGAAUUCUAUUGAGAAAUAACUUUA